AUGAAUGACCGAGAGAAGGUAGAGAUGUUGUUAUUCCUUUUGCAGAAUGUGGAUGUUUUUGCUUGGAGUCCUUACGAAGUGCCCGGCUUAGAUCCCGAGUUCAUUGUCCAUAAGCUUAAUGUGGACCCAUCAUUCCCCCCGAAAAAGCAGAAAUCGAGAAAAGCAUUGAAAGAGCAUGUUGACGCGGUAAACUUGGAAGUCCAGAGGCUAAAGGAAGCAAGAGUGAUAAGAGAAGUAUUCUUCCUGGAAUGGUUAGCAAAUAUAGUGGUAGUAAAGGAAAAGAAUGUCAUGCCAUUUGGGUUGAAGAACGCCGGAGCCACUUACCAGCGGAUGAUGACUAGGAUGUUCCGAGAGAAAAUUGGGUGCACGGUAGAAGUAUACAUUGACGAUAUGGUGGUAAAGAGUAGACAGGAAUCACAACAUAUGGAAGAUCUUUGGGGAGUAUUUGAGAUACUUCGGCAGCAUAAGUUGCGCCUAAACAUCGAGAAGUGUACUUUCGGUGUAGGGGCUGGUAAGUUCUUGGGGUAUCUGAUUUCUACCUGGGGGAUAGAGGCCAAUCCUGACCAGAUAGAGGACGUGAAUCGUCUCAAACCGUCGAGCAAUCCCAAGGAAGUACAAGUGCUAACCGGGAUGUUAGCCGCCCUGAAUCGAUUCAUCUCCAAAUUUGCUGAUUGCUAUAGACCAUUUUAUCAACUUCUGAAGAAGUGGAAGGGGUUUCAGUGGGACGAGGAAUGUGACAAGGCCUUUCGAGAUCUGAAGGAAUACUUGGCACAAGCGCCCAUGUUAAUGGCCCCGGAGUCCGGAGAGGAUUUGUUUAUGUACCUCUCGGUGUCCAACCACGCCGUGAGUGCUGUGUUGCUAAGAGACCGAGGAGUACAGCAGCCGGUGUAUUACAUAAGCAAAACCUUAGUAGGUGCUGAGACGAGAUAUCUGCCUUUGGAGAAGUUAGUGUUGGCUCUGUCAUUGUUAAAAAGAUCAGACUUCACGGGCCGAAUAGCCAAGUGGGGAACUUGUUUGGGUUCGUUCGACAUAAGGUAUCGGCCGCGAAGCUCGGUGAAGGGACAGGUUCUUGCUGAUUUCAUUGUAGAAUUUACCCCUAAGAAUGACGGGAAGAUAAUUUGUAAUGCAGAAAGUCGCCCGUGGAAGGUAUUUGUAGAUGGCACUUCGAAUGCUAUAGGGGCCGGAGCCGGUAUUGUCAUAACCACCCCGGAGGGCAUACGACUAGAACAUUCCUUCAGAUUAGGAUUCAAAGCCUCAAACAACGAAGCCGAAUUGCAUCUGGGCGCGAAGGACGUGGAGAUUUAUUCAGAUUCUCAGCUGGUUGUCUAUCAGAUCCUAGGAAGUUUUGAAGCUCAGGACUCUUGGAUGAAAGCUUAUCUGAGCACAGCUAAGCAAAUCAUUAGCAAGUUUGGGACAGUGAAGGUGGCCCAGGUAGGUCGGGCACAAAACAGACACGCCGACUCACUGGCCACGUUCGCCUCGUCUACUACCGAGGAGAUUCCUCGGCUCGUCAAAAUCGAACUUAUAAGGGAGCCAAGUAUCGAUACGAAAGAUAACUGUAACCUGGCUGGGGUUAAGGUGGCCGUGGUAUCAGUAGCCAAUCCGUGCUGGAUGAACCCAAUCAUAGAUUUCCUAGCCGAGGAUAAAGUUCCGGACGAUGAAAAAGAGGCUAAAAAAAUUCAUCUAUCGGCUCCCCGGUAUUGGCUGUUGGUAGAUUACAAAUUGUAUCGGAGGUCUUUUGCAGGCCCGUACCUUUUAUGCCUACAUCUUGAGAAAGUAAAUGAACUUCUGACCGAGCUGCAUGACGGAGUGUGUAGUGGCCAUGUUGGGGGGGCGGUCUUUAGCACACAGGGUGAUGACCUAGGGGUUUUGGUGGCCACAGAUGUAGAAGGAUGCCGCGGAAUAUGUCCGGAGGUGUGA